CAAUUCGAGUUAACAACAGGGCAUUUAACAUCGUAAAUUUGAAGUAAUCAGAUGGCAAGCGAAGCUGGCCCACCCCCUGCAUACAAUCCUGAUCUCCCUCCUAAUAAUCCACCAUAUCCCAUUCAACAACCCUACUACCCUCCAUCAGCCCCACCAAGUUAUACUAGCCAUGAUCAAACAAAGGCAUACCCUAUGCAAACAGCAGCCCCCUACCCUCAACAAGGGGUACCCCCAGGAUACCCACCUCAAGGUGCUGCACCAGGCUACACAACACAAGGUGUUGGAGUUACAGGCUACCAUCAACACAACCAAACUACAAUAAUAACCCAGCAACCAACGAGUGGGGUGAUUAUACACACAACUCAGCCUCCUGAUUUUAUGGUUGUGUCUAUCAUCAGUAUGUUUUGCUGUUUCUUCAUUGGGAUAUUCGCAGUUCUCAAGUCAAUGAGGUCACGUGAUUUGUUCAGGCAAGGGGACUAUGCUGGAGCACAAGAAGUUGGAAUGCAAGCCAAGAAAUUAGCUUAUGUUUCCAUAUUUGUUGCAGUUUGUCUCUAUGUCUUCAUUGUCAUAUUACGUAUAGCCUUGUCAGUGGCGUUAAACAAUUAAAUUGACUUUCUCGACAAUUUUAUAAAAGUUUUAACAAUAUAUUUAGCAAAAUAGUAGUAGUGGCAUAUUCCUAUGUAUUUAUAAUUACAUAAGAAGAAUUAGACUGCAAAACUAUAGCUGCAAUCACGUUGGUACUAUGUCUUAACCAGAUAAAUUUUGUACCUAUUACAUAUAAUCAAGACAAAUCACUUUGCUCACAGAACAUAUUAUUAUCCUUGGCAUAUAUAAAUUAGGCCUUAUAGUCUUUGGCAAAUUUAUUUCAAAAGGAAAAUGAUUACAUUUUUUAUUGAACCUAAACGGAUCUCUAUUUCAAGUCCUACAAUUAAUUUCCAGGUGUAUUCUUGCACAUUUGUAUAAUAAAUAUUUAAAAAUAA